AUGGUAAAACUCGUAUGGUUUGAAUGCAAAAGAGAUGGUUAAACCUGGGCCAGUCGAGUGGCUAACCAUUUUACAGGGCUGGGCAUCGGGCAACAAUUAAUUUGGCUGGUUCCUCUGCCAUUGGAUGUGCAACUUUGGGAUAUGGCAACAAGGAUAAUAUCACCACAUCCACAGGCUCUCUCCGCCCUUUCCCUUCCUUCCAAAUUCAGCAGCAGAAACGGUAGCCACCUGCACCAACACCAGCCAUGGCUAGGACGGGCUCCACCGACCCACUUGAGACCCGGGAGGCAGCUGCUCGCUCGACUCUCCUUACAACAAACCCUCUUAUCAUCCUCUUCUGCUCUUUCGGAUCAUCUCCAGAAUUACCACCAAAACCCAGAUUCUAUGUAUUUGCUAGCAGAGAGUGCGGGCUAUUCCUUGGCGAGCUACUACACUUCUCUUGGUCUCUUUGUCAUCUCUGUUCCUGGCCUUUGGUCUCUCAUCAAACGCUCUGUAAAAUCAAAGAUAGUGCAGAAGACAUUUAUAGGGGAAGGGGAAGAGAAGAAGGCACCAAAUCAAGUUGCUGGAGAAAUUUUAUCUUUCUUCACUCGAAACAAUUUCGUGGUCACUGAUAGAGGAGAAACUAUCACGUUUGAGGGGAUGAUGGUUCCCAGCAGAGGACAAGCAGCAUUAUUGACAUUCUGCACCUGCAUCAGCCUUGCCAGCGUUGCCCUUGUGCUCACCAUCACAGUUCCAGAUGUUGGCAAUAACUGGUUCUGGAUCACCGUUCUAAGUCCAUUGGCAGGAGCUUAUUACUGGAAGCGGGCAUCAAGAAAGGAGCAGAUCAAGGUUAAAGUGUUGGUCGCCAACGAUGGGACCCUGUCCGAGAUUGUUGUUCAAGGUGAUGAUCAGCAAGUAGAUCAGAUGAGAAAAGAACUCAAGCUAAGCGAGAAAGGAAUGGUCUAUGUAAAGGGUAUCUUCGAGAGAUGACGAGAAGAAUUGUUGAUAUUGCAACCUGGCGGCCCUUUGAAAUGCACUCCAGGCCACCGGGUGUAUGUUUUAGCCUUUUACGUAGGAGUCUUCUGGGAAUAGGCUUUGUCGUCAGAGUUCCCUGAAAAAUUUUGUGAUCAUCCAUAAAUCAAAUGCAGCAUUGUCAUGUAUAAAAAAAAUGCUUAAUCGUCCUCAUUCUCCCUCCCUAACCUGCUUUUAUUACUCUUCC